AUGCUCAUUAGGCCAGCUGAAGACCAUUACUCCAUCCCUCCAUAUAGAAUGGCCCCAGCAGAAUUACGGGAGUUGAAGGAGCAAUUAAAAGACCUACUAGAAAAAGGAUUCUUAAGGCCUAGUAUGUCCCUAUGGGGAGCACCAGUUUUGUUUUUACAAGGUGCUAAGUGUUUUUCAAAGAUCGACUUGAGGUUGGGUUAUCACCAAGUAAGGGUGAAAGAUAAGGAUAUUCCCAAGACAGCUUUCGGACACGGUCAUAUUGUAUCCGAUGAAGGAAUAAGUGUUGAUAACCAGAAGAUAGAGGCCGUGAAAAACUGGCCAAGAUCUACAACGCCUACGGAGAUCCGUAUUGUUCUUGGAUUGGUAGGUUAUUACAGAAGGUUCGUUGAAGGAUUCUCUUCCAUUGCUUCACCCUUAAAAAAGCUAACAUACAAAGAAACCAAGUUUCAAUGGAGUGAUGCAUGUGAAAGAAGCUUUCAAGGGGUUAUUGUGCAAAAUGUGGCAGAAUCCUCAUUAGUAGUGGAAGUGAAAGAGAAGCAGUACACUGAUCUUAUUCUAAUAAAGCUUAAGGAGAAUGUACAACAGGGUAUGACAAAGGCAUUUGAGCUUACGCAAGAGGGAUGUCACAAAUGUCAUGGAAGGGGGCAUAUGAUGCAUGAAUGUCCAAGUAGAAGAAACAUCCUACUUAGAGAGAAUGGAGAAUAUGAGAGUGAAAAAAGUGAGGGGGAAGAAGAAGAGGGAGAAGGUGUAAGUGAGGAAGAUGAUUUGGAACUGCCUAAUGAUGGUAUAAUUGGGGUGGUUAGGAGAAUUAUGACUAUCAAUUUGGGUAGUGUUGAUGAAGGGCAGAGAGAGAAUUUGUUUCAUACUAGGUGUGGGAUAAAAGGAAAGACUUAUUCUAUGAUUAUUGAUGGGGGAAGUUGUGCAAAUGUGGUGAGUUCAUACUUGGUGGAUAAACUAGGAAUUGCAUGCAUGAAGCGCUCUACCCCAUAUAGGCUCCAAUGGUUGAAUGAUUGUGGAGAAGUAAAAGUAAACAAACAAUGCAUGAUUUCAUUCAAUGUUGGUAGGUAUGAAGAUGAGAUUCUUUGUGAUGUAGUUCCAAUGCAAGCAUGUCAUGUUUUACUUGGCCGACCUUGGCAGUAUGAUAGGGAUACUACUCAUCAUGGGAGAAAGAAUAGGUAUAGUCUUCUGCAUAAUGGUAAGAAGUAUACUCUUGCACCAUUAUCUCCUUCUCAAGUGUUUGAAGAUCAAAAACGAUUGAGGGAAACAAUGGGAAAACAAAAGGGAGAGAAAAAUGAGAGCCUUUAUAUAAAAGCCAAAGAGUGUUUGAAUGCUAGGAGAGAGGGACUGCCCAUAAUACUACUUACUUACAAAGAAGUAUUGAUUAAUUUUGAACAACUAACUCCUUUGCCAAAUAGUGUUUCUUCUCUUUUGCAGAAUUUUGAAGAUGUUUUUCCUGAUGACACUCCAAAGGGAUUGCCACCUUUGAGAGGGAUUGAGCACCAAAUAGACUUUGUGCCUGGGUCUCAACUUCCUAAUAGGCCUGCCUAUAGGAGCAAUCCUGAAGAGACCAAAGAAUUACAACGGCAAGAUGGAACAUGGAGGAUGUGUGUAGAUUGUCGAGCCAUCAACAAGAUAACGGUAAAGUAUCGCCAUCCUAUCCCUCGUCUUGAUGACAGGUUGGACCAACUGUAUGGUUCCAAAAUCUUUUCUAAAAUUGAUCUAAAGAGUGGUUACCAUCAGAUUCGUAUGAAUCCUGGAGAUGAAUGGAAAACUGCUUUUAAGACCAAAUAUGGACUUUAUGAGUGGUUAGUUAUGCCCUUUGGCUUGACUAAUGCACCAAGCACUUUUAUGAGACUAAUGAAUCAUGUUUUUAAAGAUUUCCAUGGAAAAUUUAUUGUGGUGUAUUUUGAUGACAUCUUGAUCUUUUCUCAAAAUCUGGAUGAACACCUAGAGCACUUAAAACAAGUUUUUGAAGUUCUUAGAAAUCAGCGCUUAUUUGCUAAUCUCAAAAAGUGUACUUUCUGUGUGGAUCGUGUGGUUUUCUUAGGUUUUGUGGUCAGUUCUAAGGGAGUUGAAGUAGAUGAUGAGAAAAUCAAGGCAAUAAAAGAAUGGCCUAAACCUAAUAGUGUAACUGAAGUUAGGAGUUUUCAUGGACUUGCUAGUUUUUAUAGGAGGUUUGUGCGAGACUUUAGCACCAUUGCUGCUCCUUUAACUGAAGUUAUUAAAAAAGAUAAGGUUUUUACAUGGGGAAAGGAACAAGAUGAUGCAUUUAACUUGCUGAAGGAUAAAUUGUGUUCUGCGCCUCUUUUGCAAUUGCCUGAUUUUUCUAAGUCUUUUGAAGUUGAGUGUGAUGCCUCUGGUAAGGGCAUAGGUGCAGUUUUGAUGCAAGACUCCAAGCCAAUUGCCUACUUUAGUGAAAAGCUAAGUGGAGCAACAUUGAACUACUCAACUUAUGAUAAGGAGCUAUAUGCCUUGGUGAGGGCGUUAGCUACAUGGCAGCACUACUUGUGGCCUCGAGAAUUUGUGGUCAAGACUGAUCAUGAGUCAUUAAAAUACUUGAAGAGCCAAGGUAAACUUAGUCGUAGGCAUGCUAAAUGGGUAGAGUUUAUUGAAACUUUUCCUUAUGUAAUUGCUUACAAACAAGGAAAGGAGAAUGUGGUUGCUGAUGCAUUCUCAAGAAGGUAUGUUUUGAUCUCUACUCUUACUUCAAAGUUAUUGGGUUUUGACCAAAUCAAGUUCCUCUAUGCUAAUGAUUCUGAUUUUGGUGAGAUUUUUGCUGAAUGUAAGUUAGGUCCUUUUGAGAAAUUUAAUCUUCAAGAUGAAUUUCUAUUCAAGGAAAAUAAAUUAUGUGUUCCUAACUGCUCGUUGCGUGAACUAUUUGUUAGGGAAGCACAUUGUGGAGGGCUAAUGGGACAUUUUGGUGUACCCAAAACACUGGAAAUACUUUCUGAACAUUUUUAUUGGCCUAGCAUGAGAAAGGAUGUUGAAAAAGUGUGUUCUUAUUGUCUUGAAUGUAAACAGGCUAAGUCUAGAACAUUGCCGCAUGGUCUUUAUACUCCUUUACCUGUUUCUAAUUCCCCUUGGAUUGAUAUUUCUAUGGAUUUCAUAUUGGGGCUGCCAAGGACUAAGUAUGGUAAGGAUAGUAUAUUUGUGGUAACUCCUUUUGAAGUUGUAUAUGGAUUCAACCCCCUUACCCCCCUUGAUUUAUUGCCUUUGCCUACUAAUGAUUUUGCUAAUCUUGAUGGUAAGAAGAAGGCUGAUAUGAUGAAGAAAAUUCAUGAACAAACAAGGCUUGCAAUUGAAAAGAAGAACAAGGAAGUUGCAUUGCCAAGGAAUAAGGGCAGAAAAUAUGUUGUUUUUAAACCUGGUGACUUGGUUUGGGUGCAUAUGCGAAAGGAAACCAAACUAGAUCCUAGAGGAAGUGGGCCAUACAAAGUCCUUGAAAGGAUUGGAGACAAUGCUUAUAAACUUGAUCUUCCUGGUGAGUUCCAAGUUAGUGCUACUUUUAAUGUUUCUGAUCUUUCCCAUUUUGAUGCAGAUUUGAAUUCGAGGACGAAUUCUCUUCAAGAAAAGGGGAAUGAUAGCAUCCAAGGAAGCUCUACUCCAUUGAAGGACAAGGAUGACGCUUUAGAAACUCCAAGGAGGCCCAUAACAAGAUCUCAAACCAAGGAG